GACUCGGCGGCUGCUCUAUGCCCUUGUUGCUGAGGGCCUCUUCCUGGGUCAUUGCUGGAGCAGGAGUCGGACUGGGGCCGACACGGGGCUCCCCCGUGGCCGUCUCGGCGUCUGUGUGUGGUCUGCGCUGGCGGGAUGUGGCGAGCACGUCGGGCGGCGGUGGCCUGUGAAGUCUGCCAAUCCUUAGUAAAGCAUAGCUCUGGAAUAAAAAGAAACGUACCGCUCCAAAAACUACAUCUGGUUUCACGAAGUAUUUAUCAUUCACAUCAUCCCGCCCUCACGCUUCAAAGACCCCAACUAAGGACAUCAUUUCAGCAGUUCUCUUCUCUAACUAACCUUUCUUUACAUAAAUUGAAACUUUCUCCAAUUAAAUAUGGCUACCAGCCCCACAGGAACUUUUGGCCAGCAAGGUUAGCUGCAAGGCUCUUAAAACUUCGAUAUAUCAUACUGGGAUCUGCUGUUGGAGGUGGCUAUACAGCCAAAAAAACCUUCGAUGAAUGGAAAGAUAUGAUACCAGACCUUAGUGACUAUAAGUGGAUUGUGCCUGACUUUAUAUGGGAAAUUGAUGAGUAUAUUGAUUUGGAGAAGAUUAGAAAAGCCCUUCCCAGUUCAGAAGACCUUGCUAAUUUGGCUCCUGACCUGGACAAGAUUACUGAAAGCCUCAGCUUGUUGAAGGACUUCUUCACUGCAGGUCUCAAAUUGGUUAGUGAAGUCAUAGAAGCUUCUGGGCCACUUCUCUUGUUAGGUUCACCUGGAGAAACAGCAUUUCGAGCAACAGAUCAUGGAUCCGAAGGUGACAAGCAUUACAGGAAGGGUCUGCUUGGUGAGCUCAUUCUCUUACAACAGCAAAUUCAAGAGCACGAAGAGGAAGCACGCAGAGCUGCUGGCCAGUAUAGCACGAGCUAUGCCCAACAGAAACGCAAGGUGUCAGACAAAGAAAAGAUUGACCAACUUCAAGAAGAACUUCUGCAUACUCAGUUAAAGUAUCAGAGGAUCUUGGAACGUUUGGAAAAGGAAAACAAAGAGCUGAGGAAAUUGGUACUGCAGAAGGAUGACAAAGGCAUCCACCAUAGGAAACUCAAGAAAUCUUUGAUUGAUAUGUAUUCUGAAGUUCUUGAUGUUCUUUCUGAUUAUGAUGCCAGCUAUAAUACACAAGAUCAUCUGCCACGGGUUGUUGUGGUUGGAGAUCAGAGUGCUGGAAAAACAAGUGUGCUGGAAAUGAUUGCUCAAGCACGGAUAUUCCCACGAGGCUCUGGAGAGAUGAUGACCCGUUCGCCAGUGAAGGUGACUCUCAGUGAAGGCCCUCACCAUGUGGCCUUGUUUAAAGAUAGCUCUCGGGAAUUUGAUCUCACCAAGGAGGAAGACCUUGCAGCAUUAAGACAUGAAAUCGAACUCCGGAUGAGGAAAAAUGUGAAAGAAGGUUGUACUGUUAGCCCUGAGACCAUAUCUUUAAAUGUCAAAGGCCCUGGGCUGCAGAGGAUGGUGCUCGUGGACUUACCUGGUGUCAUUAACACCGUGACAUCAGGCAUGGCUCCCGACACAAAGGAAACUAUUUUCAGUAUCAGCAAAGCUUACAUGCAGAAUCCUAACGCCAUCAUCCUGUGCAUCCAAGAUGGAUCUGUAGAUGCUGAGCGCAGUAUUGUUACAGACCUGGUCAGCCAGAUGGAUCCACAUGGAAGGAGAACCAUAUUUGUUUUGACAAAAGUAGACCUGGCAGAAAAAAACGUAGCCAGUCCAAGCAGGAUCCAACAGAUAAUUGAAGGCAAGCUCUUCCCAAUGAAAGCUCUGGGUUAUUUUGCUGUUGUAACAGGAAAAGGAAACAGCUCUGAAAGCAUUGAAGCUAUAAGAGAAUAUGAAGAGGAAUUUUUUCAGAAUUCAAAACUGCUAAAGACAAGCAUGCUAAAGGCACACCAGGUCACCACGAGAAAUCUAAGCCUUGCCGUGUCAGACUGCUUUUGGAAAAUGGUUCGAGAGUCGGUUGAACAGCAGGCUGAUAGUUUUAAAGCAACACGCUUUAACCUAGAGACGGAGUGGAAGAAUAACUACCCUCGCCUGCGAGAGCUCGACAGGAAUGAACUAUUUGAAAAAGCUAAAAAUGAGAUCCUCGAUGAAGUCAUCAGUCUGAGCCAGGUUACUCCAAAGCACUGGGAGGAAAUCCUUCAGCAGUCCCUGUGGGAACGAGUGUCAACACAUGUGAUUGAGAACAUCUACCUUCCGGCUGCCCAGACCAUGAAUUCGGGAACAUUUAACACCACAGUGGACAUCAAGCUUAAACAGUGGACUGACAAGCAGCUUCCUAAUAAAGCAGUCGAGGUUGCUUGGGAGACCCUACAAGAGGAAUUUUCCCGCUUUAUGACAGAACCCAAAGGAAAGGAACACGAUGACAUAUUCGACAAACUUAAGGAGGCUGUGAAGGAGGAGAGUAUCAAGCGGCACAAAUGGAACGACUUUGCAGAGGAUAGCUUGAGGGUCAUUCAGCACAAUGCUUUGGAAGACAGGUCCAUAUCAGAUAAGCAGCAGUGGGACGCAGCCAUUUACUUCAUGGAAGAGGCACUUCAAGGUCGUCUCAAGGAUACCGAAAAUGCUAUUGAAAACAUGAUUGGGCCAGACUGGAAAAAGAGGUGGAUGUACUGGAAGAACCGGACACAAGAACAGUGUGUUCACAAUGAAACCAAGAAUGAAUUGGAGAAGAUGCUGAAGGUUAAUGAUGAGCACCCGGCUUAUCUUGCAAGUGAUGAGAUUACCACAGUCCGGAAGAACCUGGAAUCUCGAGGAGUUGAAGUCGAUCCAAGCUUGAUUAAGGAUACUUGGCAUCAAGUUUAUAGAAGACAUUUCUUAAAAACAGCUCUAAAUCAUUGUAACCUUUGUCGCAGAGGUUUUUAUUACUACCAGAGGCAUUUUAUAGAUUCUGAGCUGGAGUGUAAUGACGUGGUCCUGUUCUGGCGAAUACAGCGCAUGCUUGCUAUCACUGCCAACACAUUAAGGCAGCAACUUACAAACACUGAAGUCAGGCGGCUGGAGAAAAACGUUAAGGAGGUGUUAGAAGACUUUGCCGACGACGCUGAGAAGAAGGUUAAAUUGCUCACUGGUAAACGAGUGCAGCUGGCAGAAGACCUCAAGAAAGUUAGAGAAAUUCAAGAAAAACUUGAUGCUUUCAUUGAAGCUCUUCACCAGGAGAAGUAGACUGUAUCAAAAUCCUGCUCAUAAUGUAAUCACCUCAGCAUACAUUUGAAGAACGAAGACGUCAGUCUUUUGUCCUGCCUCCUUUUCUCCUGUUCUACCCUUUUCAGUGCAAAAUAAAGUCACAGGGUAAAAUUAAUGUACGUGUGUUACAGGCACUUAACCCGAAGCUGCCUUUUGAGCAGAAGAACACUGGAAACAGCAUCAUGUUCUGUGUGCUUGUGCUGAUAGCAAACAUUGGGAAAAUAUAGUUGUCGUGGCCAUGAGGCUUAGUCCUCAAAGAUAAGGAAGUUGCUCUCUCAA